AUCAAUCAUGCUGAGAUCGCCGGCUUGUUACAACCAGGGUAYGACUUGCACUUAUUAAUCGUCAAUAAAUCCGGAAGAUACAGCCAAAUAAUGAUCCCAUCCCAUCUAUUGGAUCCAACGAAGAAAAAGAAUGAGCGAUUGAGUCGAACUGUAUUGGGCGUGGCACCCCCCCCACCGCUUCCGUCGCUUUGUGUGACAGGAGCCAUGAGCCGGAUCGGGAAGUAUCGUGUUGCCACUGGAACUUCCAGUUCAGCCAACGAAGACCAGGACAUCGGCAUUCGCAAUGAUAACGGCAACGACGGAAAGAAACUAAUGUGUCCCGCGAAGAAGUACACUAUUCACGACAAUGGCGGUGUCCCCAUAAUCCUGUCCUAUAUCAUCUUCAGACCCAGGCAACUCUACGACCAGAAUAAGCCCCCACUUUUGUGCCUGCACGGAGGUCCAUCGAUUCCAUCGAAUUAUCUCCUGCCUAUCGUGAAUGGCGUAACGGAUCGAACCGUGAUAUUUUACGAUCAAUGGGGGUGUGGAAAGUCCUCGCGUCCGCAAGCACUUACUGAACCAAACUCAAACAAUAAAAACAAUGCGAAGAAGAAAGCCGAGUAUCCUCCCUUCUCAAUUCCGACCAUGGUAGAGCAUUUGCGCCAGCUCAUAGACGAACACUGGAAAUUGAAACGAUUUCAUUUGUUCGGUCAUUCCUUUGGCGGAAUAUUGGCAUACGAGUACCUGUUGGCGAAGACUUGUACACUAGACGAGGAAUUAUCUGGCGGGCGGCAUGCAAGUUGUGUUUCUUCCUUGCUUCUUUCCUCGACGCCCACUUCGGCUUCACUGAUACAAUCAGAAUCAGAACGGCUCUUUCGGAGUCUCACUAGUCAAGAAAAGAGCAAUGGAUGUUCCAUUGAUGGCGGUAAUGGUUGCUGCGAGAAAGACAUCACGGACAAAACUGCAAUUGCAUCCUCUGAGCAACAAAAACAGCAACUGCGCCAGUCGAUGAUGAAGUCGGAGGAAUUCCAACAGACCCACGAGUGUCGACUCGCAGAUUGCCCCCUGGCUCUCAUGGAUGCACUAGGGAACAUGGGGCCUGCACCGUGGAGGGGGAUAGAGGCGAUCCACGGUUACGAAGCAGAAGAAGUCGACGAAUUCCAUCGCAUACCUUCCUUGCUGUUGCGUGGAGAGUACGACUUUUGCACCGAAAGUUGUAUGGCCGGAUGGAGGGAACGACUGGACGGUGAUAACUUUAAGUCGGAAGAAGUGGUUCUAUCGAAUUGUUCCCAUUACGCCAUGUUGGAGGAUGAAAACCAAUUCGGAGCAGAAAUACUAAGAUUCAUUCGAUCGCACGAUGCAGAGGAUUGGCCCUAGAUACAGCAUCCAUGAACUGUGGCGCCAGUGAAAUCGAUCCUGUUGUCUGACACUAUACUUUACUGGGUCAACCGCCYAUGUCUCGAUGUUGGAGUCUAUCCAAAUAUUUGCUGCUGUCUAAAUAUUUUAUUGCGUUCUCUGAUUCAAUGACCCCAUUAGCGCUUUACUUUWAAAAAAUGAUUGGCAUUAGG